CUGUAAUAGUGCAAAGGUGUCCUCACACCUGUUCGUCUUCCGUCUUCUUUCAGCCUUGCCUGGGCCUCCUCGCUCUCCUCCUCCCUCGCACCAUCCGCGACCCGCAGACCUCGAACGCCCGGGCUCCUUUUUCUUACACGAGUAUCUUGCUGAUGCCCGUUGCCCGUUGAUCGGCUCUCCCUUCUUCGCUUCCCUUGAUUGCUGCCCCGACGGCAUCCCUUUGAGAGAGAGCUCCGAUCUCGCCAUGCGUCUCGACUUCACCCUCACCGCGCUGCUGGCAGCAAGCCUCUCGCAGGCCCAGUACCUGAUCAGCGAGCUCAGUUUCGGCCAUGCCGGGAGAAUAAGCCCAGCUGAGAGCCGCGGGCAGAUCCCCAACUUCGUGCUCCAGGGCGCCCCCCAGAUGCCCGAGGUGCUCUCCAACCGCAUCAUCCUCACACCCAUCGCCCCGGGAAACCAGCGCGGCGCCGUCUGGUCCCAGCAGUCGCUGCAGCGCUCGCAGUGGAUCGCCGACGUCGACUUCCGUGUCAACGGCCCCGAGCGAGGCGGCGGCAACCUCAACAUCUGGCUCGCCCGCGGGGGGGCUGGUGCCAUCGGCUCCAGCAGCAUCUACACAGUUGGCAAGUUCGACGGUCUCGCCCUCGUCCUGGACAAGACUGGCGGCCCCGGCGGCAUGAUCCGCGGCUACCUGAACGACGGCACCACCGACUACAGCAGCAAACAGCGUGUUGAGGAGCUGGCCUUUGGCCACUGCCCCUACUCGUACCGAAACUUGGGUCGCCCCUCUCAGAUCAAGAUGCGCCAGACGGCCAGCUCGUUCCGCGUGGAGAUUGAUGGCCAGCUCUGCUUCGAGACUUCCAAGUUCAGCAUCCCUUCCGGAUACCAGUUCGGUGUCACCGCCGCCACCCCGGACACCCCCGACUCGUUCGAGGUCUUCAAGCUUGUCGUCAUGUCCGACAACUCAGACACUGGUAGCGACAAUGCCAUUAAGCAGCAGUCACCCAACAAGAACCCUCCCAGUAACGGCAACAACAACAAUAACAACAAUAACAAUAACAACGCUAAGAAGAACAACUACGAUGACGGCGACCUCGCUGACGAAGACCCGGAUAUCUUCCAGACGUCCAAGACGCAGUUCAUGGACCUGCACAACCGCCUCCAAAGCACCAACCACCAGCUCUCCGCCCUGCACCGCGUCGCCUCGCGCCAUCAGCAGCAGGACGAGAAGCGCCACGACGAGAUCCUCCAGCUCCUGAACCAGCUCCGCACCGGCCUGUCCAAGGUCGACGAGAUUCGCGAGCUGCAGGGCCGCAUCACCGAUCUGGACAAGGAGAUCCAGGGCCUUCGCCGCGAGCUCACCCGCAAGUUCCAGGCCAGCGAGCGCUCCGUCAAGGCUGUCCUCUCCGACCACCACUCAUCCCUCUCCGAGGCUGUCCUCGAGAGGACCCCGGGCCACCGCUUCCUCAUCCUCAUCUUCUUCGGCACCCAGGGCCUUCUCGUCACCGCCUACAUCCUCUACAAGCGCCGUCGCGCCAGCAUGCCCAAGAAGUACUUGUAAAGGUCUUGCAAAAGGUCUUAUAAACGGUCGUGUAAAAAGCGUUGUAAGAGCUCUUGUUUAUGCGUCAGCGGAAUCAUCGAAUUGGAUCUAGAAAACACCAAACGAAAGAGUUUGUCAAUGGCAUGGAGCAAUGAGUGGGAGUGUUAUCAAGCGUAAUGAUUGAGGCAUGUCACGCUCUCCAUUUUACGUUGGCCCUUGUUUCCUGUAUAUUACAAGCAACGGCUGCACAUGAGGGGAGAAUCAUGUUUUUUUGGGUAGUUAGUAAUGAGCAUGAAAGACUUUCCACGUUAAAA